UGUUGUAUCUCUAUAGAAGUCUGUCUGUCUCUAAGAGAUAUAUAGAGUUGUCUGUGUCUCGUAUCUCUGUCUGCAGCAGGAUCAGUGGAGCGGGAGAGUCUGGCUACUGUUAUGUGUUAUUGUUCCUUCAGCCCAUCUCCCAGGCCCUGAACUUCUGUCACCAUGACUACCUCUCCCCUCUGACCUCAGCCUUCAGCCCAUCUCCCAGAACUUGGUCUUCCCAUCACCAUGACUACCUCUCCCCUCUGACCUCAGUGAAUGUGGCCCCCGCCUGCAUCAGGGCCCUGACUAAGAUGUUGUACUGUCCGUACUGCAGGGGCCUGCCUGGGCUGAAGCCCUGUCAUAACUACUGCCAUAAUGUGAUGAGAGGCUGUCUGGCUAACCAGGCUGACCUAGAUCCUGAGUGGAACCUCUUCAUAGAUGCCAUGUUGCUGGUAGCUGACCGGCUGGAGGGACCCUUCAACAUCGAAGCCAUCAUGGAACCCAUAGAUGUGAAGAUCUCUGAAGCCAUCAUGACCAUGCAAGACAACAGCAUGACAGUUUCAGCUAAGGUGUUCCAGGGGUGUGGUCAGCCCAAGCCGUCUGGGAUGGGCAGCAGCAGAUCAGCCAGGGGGAUCUCUGAUGUCUUCAACGCCCGAUUCAGACCCUACAGCCCAGAGGAGAGACCCACCACGGCCGCUGGCACCAGCCUGGACAGACUGGUGCUAGACAUUAAGAAGAAGCUGAAGCAGUCCAAAAGGUUCUGGUCCAACCUGCCAGAUGAGAUCUGUAUUAAAGACAAGUUGACCGAGUCAGAUGAAGAGCAGUGUUGGAACAGUCACGCCAAGGCCAGGUAUUUUCCUGAGGUGGUAAAGGACGGCCUCACCAACCAGCUGAACAACCCAGAGGUGGCGGUGGACAUCACUAGACCGGACACUCUGAUUCGCCAACAGAUCAUGACACUCAGAGUGAUGACCAACAAGCUGAGAAACGCCUACAACGGCAACGACAUCUUCUUUCAGGACUCCAGUGACGAGGGCAGCGGCAGCAGCAGUGGCUGUACAGAGGGAUGUACCACAGAGUUUGUGUUUGUGGGUCCAGAGGCCCCUGUGGUGGGAGCAGACAGGAGUGAUGAGCGAGCUUCGGCUGCAUCAGGCAGCGCCCCACAUCCCUCCAGACCCUCUCCCCUGCUACUGACCCUCUCUCUCACAGCCCUGUCCUGGUCCAGGAGGUAAUACCAGCUGGCCCGAGAGGACACCAGGACAUUACCCCUGCUACUGACCCUCUCUCUCACAGCCCUGUCCUGGUCCAGGAGGUAAUACCAGCUGGCCCGAGAGGACACCAGGACAUUACUGCUACUCUGACUCUGGCACCAAUCAGACAGCCAGCCAGCCGGUCGUCAUACUAACUGUUAGUGUUCUCUAAACGGAACCAGAACAGGACAACCCUUUUGGAUCCCCACCAUGAAGAGAUAUGGUGACAGUAGUAUACUGUAGUAGACUGAGGAGUGUUGUGAGUGCUGCAUCCUGCUUUGUCCCCAAAGAUCUCUCUGUUCUAAGAUGUUCUGUUCUAAUCUGCUCUAUUCUAAUCUGUUCUGUUCUGCUCUAUUCUAAUCUGUUCUGUUCUGCUCUAUUCUAAU